UUUCUUGUUUCAGAAAUAGCAAAAGUUAGGGCCAGUUUAUUUCAAAUAAAUGGAGUCAAAAAAGAGCCCCUAGUAUUACCAGAUCCCGAUGGACCAGUAACUACACUCAACGAAAAAGUAUAUGUGCCAGUAAAAGAACAUCCAGAUUUUAAUUUUGUGGGAAGGAUCCUGGGACCCAGAGGCAUGACCGCCAAACAGCUAGAACAAGAAACUGGAUGUAAAAUAAUGGUUAGAGGGAAGGGCUCGAUGAGGGACAAAAAAAAGGAGGACCAGAAUAGGGGUAAACCCAAUUGGGAACACCUAUCAGAUGAACUCCACGUUCUGCUCACAGUAGAAGACACAGAAAACAGGGCCCAAGUUAAGUUGGCCAGGGCAGUUGAAGAAGUCAAAAAAUUACUUGUACCUCAAGCCGAUGGAGAAGAUGAAUUAAAGAAAAGACAGUUAAUGGAACUGGCCAUAAUUAAUGGAACAUACAGAGAUUCAAGUUCGAAAGCAGGUUCAACAGAUUUGAAUAUGAAUUCUCCUGAACAACUUCUUCAAUAUCAGCAAUCAGCCGACCAAGAGCACUCUCAACAACAAAAAAAUUAUUAUUUUUUAGCCGAAGAAGAAUGGAGGAGGGUGGCAGCCGCUGCCGUUGAAACGCAAAGGCUGCUAUCGCCGGCGAUCCCCGGCCUGAACACGCCGAUGCGCAACCCGAACGCGCCGCUCGGCGCACCCUUGAUCCUGUCGCCGCGCAUGUCGGUGCCGACGACGGCGGCCAGCAUCCUCAACGGCUCCGCGCCGCCGGGCAGCCUCUUGUCGCCCGGCGACCCCCACGGGCUCAUUUACACCCCGUACGCGGACUACACGAAUUACGCGGCGCUGGCCGCCUCGCCCCUCCUCACCGAAUACGCCACGGCGGACCAUUCUGGUGCCGCGGCUGUUGCUGCUAAGCAACGCAGACACCUGGGACAGAUUAGGGAACAUCCGUACCAGAGGGCUGGUGCUCUUUCUUAA